CCGCGAUCCCAAAUUUUUUUGCAGCAGCUUUCGAACAGUUUUUCGAACAGCCGUAAAAAAAAGUGAAAUCACCGAUUCACUCGAAUAUCUUGCAUUCCUGCAUCUUGCAUUGUCAAGGACCAUACAGACUUACCCUUGCUGUGGUACAAUUCACCUAUUUAUCAUAAUCCAUCCGACCAAUUGGCAGCAUCAGAUACCCUUUAUCAGGUCCAUAUAAUUUUCAAUCGAUAAGGAAAAAGGAAGAGAUUCUUCCCCACGCGACAUCCUCGACUUCCACUUCGCACUUCGACCCUCUCCUUCCUUCAACAACACACAAACAACACACAACCACUACCAACCAUGUCUACCAAGAGGAAAGCGCUCGCCCUGGUCAAGCCGGUGGUGAAGCCCAGCGCCAAAGUCGCAACCAAGUCCAAGAUCGACGAGACAAGGACGGCCGUCUCGACCGGCCCAGCACUGAAGUCGGCCACCAAGGCCGCCCCAGAGACCAUUGAGAUUUCGAGCGACUCCUCCAGCCACUACAGCGACUCCGACAAUGAAGACGUGAACAGCGACAACGAGGCUGAGGCCGCUCCCGAGAAGAAGCAGACCACCGAAACCAAGACCUCCGAGCCCGCUGCUCAACAAGACGAAGCCUCCGACGCCGAGAACGACGACGAUGACGCCUCCCCCACAUUCGGCGACCUCGCCCGCGGCAACGCCACCAUCGACGUUGCCUCCGCCCUGGCCGCCCAAGAAGCUGCCGCCGCCAAUGCCUCCUCUACCAAGAACACCAUUACCGUCCAGCGUCCUAACGGCGGCCAGACCACAAUCUCCGCCACCUCGCUCGGCACCGUGCUCAACCAAGCCCUGCGCACCGACGACUCGGACCUCCUCGAAUCGUGCCUGCAGACCUCGGAUCCCAAGAUCAUCACCAACACCAUCACGCGCAUGGACUCGGCGCUCGCGGGCGUUUUGCUGUCCAAGCUCGCGGCCCGCAUGCACCGCCGUCCCGGCCGCGCUUUUGGGCUGAUGAAGUGGAUCCAGACCACGCUCGUCGCGCACGGCGGAAGCUUGGUCGCGCAGCCCGAGGUCGUGGCGAGGCUGGGCGAGCUCAACCGCGUGCUGGAGGAGCGGGCGAGGGGGCUGCCUGCGCUGUUGGCGCUCAAGGGAAAGCUGGAUAUGUUGGAUCAGCAGAUGCGGUGGAGGAAGUUUGUCAAGAGCGGGGGUGCGAAGGAGGAGCAGGAGAAUGGUGGUGAAGAGAGUGAAGAGGAGGAUGAUGUUGAUGAGCCGGGUGUGGUAUAUGUGGAGGGUGAUGAGGAGACUGAGGGUAAGGCUGUCAAUGGCGCCGGCAACGAGGAGGACUUUGCGCUUAUAGAUGUUGGUGCUGAUGGCGAGUCGGAUGAGGAGGAGGGUGAUGAUGAUGAGGAUGAGGAGGAGGACGAUGAGGAGUUUGAUGAUGCUGAGAGCCUUGAUGAGGAUGAGGUUGAUCAUGAUGAUGUCGAGGAGUCGGGCGAUGAGGAUGAGGAGGAUGAUGAGGACGACGAGGAGGACGAGGCGCCACCAGCCAAGGUGCAGAAGACGUCAUCGAAAUUCGCAAAGAGGAAGUAGGAGAUUUCCGAUCAGGUGUAUUACUGUCAAGCCAAGUAAAGGUAAAAGCUGGUGGGCCAUUUGUUGUCGUCGUCACAUAUCCCGUCAGGUUUCGCAUCCUUGGGGUUAAGGAGUUUAUAAUCGUGUUUUUGUUUUAUACUGGUUUUUGUGUAUUUUUGUAGUAAAAAGGGGACUUUGAGUAACAACUAGUGGUGUUAAACAUACCUUGGGUGAAAUAGUUACUCGGCAAAAUAGAGAUAUGUCAACAUCGCCCAUA